UUUAGCCAACUAGCCGCAUACAGUGUAGCUAGCAGCGUCGCCAUGGCGAGCAGGAAAAGUUCGCACUCUAAAAGAAACGACGGGGACAAAUAUUCAGUAUUGUUGCCCACUUACAACGAAAGGGAAAACAUUUCUUUGAUCGUGUGGCUUUUGGUGAAAUAUUUCGAUGAAAGUGGUUACAAAUACGAGAUUAUCAUCAUCGACGACGGAAGCCCAGACGGGACACUGGAGGUGGCGAAACAACUGAAAACAAUUUAUGGAGAGGACAAAAUUCUUCUACGACCAAGACCGUCGAAGUUAGGCCUGGGGACUGCUUACAUCCAUGGUAUGAAGCACGCCACUGGAAACUUCAUCAUCAUCAUGGAUGCUGAUCUCUCCCAUCAUCCCAAAUUCAUUCCGGAGUUUAUCGAGAAGCAGAAAGAAGGCGAUUACGAUUUAGUGUCUGGCACUCGUUACCGAGGAAACGGCGGUGUCUACGGUUGGGACCUGCGUAGGAAGCUCAUCAGCCGAGGUGCCAACUUCCUGACUCAAGUGAUGCUGAGGCCGGGCGCUUCGGACCUCACGGGCAGCUUCAGACUGUACAAGAAGGACGUCCUGGAGAGUCUGGUUGAACGCUGCGUGUCCAAAGGUUACGUCUUUCAAAUGGAGAUGAUUGUCCGAGCCAGACAGCUCAACUACACCAUUGGAGAGGUUCCCAUCUCCUUCGUAGAUCGCGUCUACGGCGAGUCCAAGCUAGGAGGGAACGAGAUUGUGUCGUUCGUGAAAGGACUGCUCACGCUCUUCGCCACCACAUAAUCCCUCAUGUGGUAUACUGUAGGUAGUAUCGUGCAUACUGCUGACUCUGCAAUACCGUAUUGCUAUCACGUUGGCACUAAAUAGAUUAUAUGUUCAUCGUUGUAGGUACAUCAUCAUGGUUUGUACUAUACUGUACGUUUUUAGAGCGCUUGUCGUUAGGGUCAAGCUGGGCUGGAGCCUAUCCCAGCAGACCCUGGACUGGUCACCAGCCAGUCACAGCACACAUACUGUAUUUACAAACCACAUUUUUGGGUAGGUAGAAGAAAAUCCACAGAGCAAAAUGAGAACAUGCAAAGUCCGCGUAGAUUCAAAGCCAGAUCUCUUGUGAUUCCUGAUGUAUGUAAUAUUAACAGUUGACUUUUCUUCAGCAAAGCAAUCAUGUAUAUUUUUUAAAUACAAUCAAUCUUCCAAAA